AUGGCCGAAAAUACCGCAUUCUCCUCGUCUGGCGAGGAUGCUAUGACGCGCCCUGUUGAACUGAACGAGACUGAGGUUGCACCUGCACGCGAUUUAUCUCCUGAAGAAUUCGCUGCUUUCUACGAACUUGACCGUGUAGCCUCCGAGAUCAACUCAGGAGGCUUCAAACGCACCGCAUUACAGUUUCCAGAUGAACUACUACCCGAGUCGGUCCCGAUCUAUCGCUCCCUCAAGCGCAAGCUAUCCGAAGAUCGCGAACUUUAUGUUCUCGCAGAUACCUCAUAUGGUAGCUGUUGUGCAGAUGAGGUCGCUGCGCAGCACGUAGAUGCCGAAGCCAUCGUACAUUUUGGACACGCAUGCAUGAGCAAAACCUACCGAAUGCCCGUGAUAUACGUAUUUGGCAAGAAAGAUCUCAAUCCAACCGACGCUGCGCAACAGCUUGUCAAGGCGCUCAAAGAUGGUGGCCAUGGCGAUCUUCCUCAACGAGUCGUUCUCAGACAUGACGUCGCCUACAUACACUUGGCAGGCGCAAUACGAGAUGCACUGGACGAGGCGCUAUCUCCUGGAAUAGAAGUGCUUUACCACGAGAUCCCCAAUCGCCUAGAGCCUGCAUCCUCUCAACCAGAGGCCUCAUCUACACCAUUACCGUCAACAUCCGAAGUUUCUGAGCCUAUACUCUAUGUUGGACCAGAGAGCCUCGGCCUAACUAAUCUUCUCAUGACGCAUGCCGCAGCCCCGAUAUACCGAUACGACCCAUCAACUAGAACAGCAUCUCUCGAAUCAGGAAGGACGAACAAGCUGCUCAUGCGUCGUUAUGCCGUAGUGCAACGGGCGCGCGAUGCAGACGUGUUCGGCAUCCUGGUCGGCACGCUCGGCGUUGCAUCGUACCUUCCUCUGAUCAAGCAUCUCCGCUCCAUCCUCGCCGCAGCACACAAAAAGUCGUAUACGGUCUCCGUUGGCAAACUCAACCCGGCCAAACUGGCCAACUUCGCCGAGAUUGAGUGUUUUGUGCUCGUCGCAUGUCCGGAGAACAGUGUCAUAGACGCAAAGGAGUUCUACCGGCCGAUUGUCACGCCCUACGAGCUGACCAUCGCGCUUGCUCGUGAACCUUCGUGGGGCACAAGAUACGAGCUUGACUUCGGGCGCAUACUCUCAGACUCUCCCGGAGCGACAGAGCCAGCAGAGACCGGUUCAUCGAGUGCGGACGAAGAAGAGCGAGAUCCGGAUGCGCCCAGCUUUUCGCUCGUAACAGGCAAGUACCGCACCGCCACGCGCUAUCACGAUACGGAAGCAGCUCACGUUGACGAGGCAAGCCAAGAACUUGUCCUGCGCUCAGAAGGCACUGUCGCGACGCUCAAGGACAGUGCGGCCGGCGCAUUCUUGCAAAGGAGGCAUUGGAAGGGGCUUGAGGUACGAAGUGGGAUGGAUGCGCUGUCUGUGCUCGAGCAGGGCCGUGAAGGCGGAUCAAUCAUCGGUGUAGACGCAUGUUCCGUGAUUAAUCAAAGAGAUCAUGAUCGAAUGCGCUGGGUCUGCAUGAACAUAUCCAAAGUCCGACAUCAUACUCUACACGCCAAAAUGCACGAAAGGAACCCACCUCUAGAACCUGUCCUCGCCAACCUUAUCCUUCAGAGCUAA